AUGCCGGGUGCGGCGCGUGGGGGCAAGAGCAAGGUGUUUAAUGGGCGUACACGCGCGAGCCGUACGCUGAAGCGCACGAGCGAGCAGAAAGAGCUGGCUGACAUCGAGGCGGCGUGUGCCACGCUCGAGCCCGGCGCGGCAAAGACGUUUGCCGAGCUGCCAGCCUCGCAAAAGACCAAGCACGGCCUGAAGCGCGCGGGCUUCCUCGACCUGACCGAUAUCCAGUCUGCGUCGCUGGCGCACUCGCUGCGUGGCUCGGACGUGCUCGGUGCUGCGCGCACCGGCUCCGGCAAGACGCUCGCGUUUCUGAUCCCGGUGCUCGAGAUGCUCUACCGCAAGCGGUGGUCGGCCGCCGACGGCCUCGGCGCGCUGAUUGUGUCGCCGACGCGUGAGCUUGCGAUGCAGAUCUUUGACGUGCUGCGCCAGAUUGGCAGUGCACACACCUUCUCGGCGGGCCUCGUGAUCGGCGGCAAGGAGCUCAAGCACGAGCAGGACCGCCUGCGCAAGAUGAACAUUUUGGUUGCGACGCCGGGGCGCCUGCUGCAGCACCUCGACCAGACGAUCGGGUUCGACUGCUCCAACCUCCAGGUGCUCGUGCUGGACGAGGCCGACCGCAUCCUCGACAUGGGCUUUGCGAAUACACUCAACGCGAUCCUCGAGCACCUCCCGCCGAACCGCCAGACGCUCCUCUUUUCUGCGACGCAGACGCGCCGCGUCAAGGACCUCGCGCGCCUGAGUCUGCAGGACCCCGAGUACGUCGCGGUGAAGGACGACGAGGCCUCGACCCCGGCGCAGCUCGAGCAGUUCUACAUGGUCGUGCCGCUCGACCAGAAACUGGAUACGCUCUUCUCGUUUCUGCGCACGCAUACCCAGAGCAAGAUCCUCGUGUUUAUGAGCUCGUGCCGCCAGGUGCAGUACGCGCACGAGGUCUUUUGCAAGCUCCGGCCGGGUCUGCCGCUCAUGGCGCUGCACGGCAAGCAGAAACAGACGCGCCGCCUCAAGAUCUUUUCCGACUUUACACGCAGCAAGCACGCGGCGCUGAUGGCGACGGACAUCGCCGCGCGCGGCCUCGACUUUCCGGCGGUCGACUGGGUGGUGCAGGUCGACGCGCCCGACUCCUCCGACACGUACAUCCACCGCGUGGGCCGCACGGCGCGCUACCAGGCGCAGGGCAAGGGGCUCUUGUUCCUGCUCCCGAGCGAAGAGACGGGCGUCCUCGCGACGCUCAAGGCGGUCGACGUGCCGAUCCAGGGAAUCAAGGCGCGGGAUACCAAGGUGCAGAGCAUCCAGAACCAGCUGCAGUCGUUUGCCUUCCAGGAGCCCGAGCUGAAGCACCUCGCACAAAAGGCGUUUGUGUCGUACGUGCGCUCGAUCCACCUGCACAAGGACAAGAACACGUUCAACGUCGCGUCGCUCCCGCUGAACGAGUUUGCGGCCGCGCUCGGACUGCCGGGCGCGCCCAAGAUCAAGCUCGUGAAGGAUGCGCAGAAAGCGCAGCGCGCCAUGGCCGCCGCGCCCGCGGCGCAGAGCAGCGACGAGUCUUCCUCGGAAGAGUCUGAAGAAGAACAAGAAGAAGAGGCGCCCAAGGUGCGCACCAAGCACGACCGACUCUUUGGCCGUACGAACAAUACCAUUCUCAGCGACCACUAUGCGAAUAUGGUCGAUCACGACGAUUCGGACGGAUUCCACGACAAUGACGACGACGACGAAUUUAUCACGCUCAAGCGCGCCGACCACGAGCUCGAGCAGACCGAGACGCCCACCGCGCAGGAGCUCUCGAAGCGCAAGCUGCUCCAGGGCCAGAGCAAAAAGGCGAUGGCCGCGGCCGGCAAGCGGGGUAUGGGCGACAAGGUCGUCUUUGACGACGACGGCAACGCACGUGCUCUGUAUGAGCUCCAGGACGAGGCCGCGUUCCGCGAGCAAGGCGACGUCCUUGCGCAGAUCGCCGCGCACGAGGAGCAGGAGCGCGCGCGGAUGGCCGAGGCCGACGUCCUCGACAAGUCGCGCGCGAAGCAAAAGCGCCAGGAAAAGAAGCGCAAGAUGAAGGAGAUGGAGCGCCAGCUCCAAGAGGCCAACGGGGCGCGUGCGCCACGCGCCGAGCUCGACGAGGGCGGCUGGGCGAGCGACGAUCUUCCGGAUCUCGUCCUGCCGGGCGACUCGGACGAGGACGCGGCGCCGGAGCCCAAGCGCCCCCGCACCGGGGCCUCGGACCUUGCCGCGCAAGAGGCGCUUGCGCUCCAGGUACUGGGCGAGUCGUAA